AUGUGGAAGACGAAACCCGCGUGGUGCCAGCCGUACUCAAUCGUGGCCACUGGCGUGCUCGCCACCGCGACGCCAGUGAACGUGCUCCACCUCGACGAGCGCGUCGCCGGCUGGUUCGGAACGCUAUCCACCACCAUCGUCGGCGCCGCCGUCCUGGCGUGGUGGUUCCUGUUCUUGUACGUCGUUCCUCGCGAGUACGAGCGGAGCGUCGAGGCGUUUCGCGAGGACCGACGGCGACGAGGUGGUGGUGACGCGCCGUAG